UGGUGGUGGGAUGGUGGGAGGAUAGAGGAGAGAGGUGUUGGUGGAGAAGGCAAUGGUGGAGGAGACUCUGUGGCUAAGGAGGCAGAGGUUGGCGUAGGUGACUGCCAUCAAGAGGAGAAGGUGGAGAGAGAAGUGGUUUGCCAUUAUAGAGAGAUAGAGAGGCUUGUUGAUUUCUUGAAAAUCCUUUCUGGGUAA